AUGUCACCCCGAAAAGUCCGUUUUUCGAUGCCAUUGACAAGUGAAGAGCUGGACACUACCUCGGUCGGUGAGUCCCUUGCCAGUGAUCUACGAAAGACAGCCUUGGCAAAAUGGUGGGGUAAUUUUGUACCCAUGGACCAGUGGACACCGCCGAACAUCCAGCAUACAUUUAAGGAUUUGCCAUUUAGAAAAUACAAUAUGACUCCGGAAACUCGGAUCGACAGUCCGGAUAAUGCCUGGGGAGAUUCAACUCUGGACAUCUACGACCGCAACUUCGCCGGAGUGGAGGAGGCCAUUCAUGAACUCUCUGUAAUGUUCGAAGAUGAUUGGGUCAAGUCCCGAUCUCAACCUCCAUUGGUUGGAUCACCUCCAACGACCGAGUCUAUAGAUGAGGAGGAGCUGAUGGACUGCGAUGGUCCAUUGUAUGAUCUUGGGUGGGAUGGCAUUUCUUCUGUCUCACAGGAGGUCAGACCACCAUCCGAACAAGGUAUGACUGCUGACAAUGGGCCAAUUUAUGAUCUCGGAUGGAGUGGAUUGAUGUAUCAGACUCUAUCUGUGAUUGAUCAUUCGGCUACGCAUGCCCGAUUGCCAUCCUUGGACAGCACAAGUGCUUGUAAGUUGGUUUAUGUAUAUGUCGGUCGGUAUCUUUGGCUAAUAGAACAUUGUAAAGCGGAUGGCAUCAAUCAAAGUCCUGUCUACGAUCUCGGUUGGACAUUGGACCCUAUACCACCAUCGGUAGUACCUGCGGAUGAGAUCGAAGAGGACCCUGUAUACAAUCUCAGAUGGUCGUGUCCCACGAUGUUGCCAGAGGAAGCCGAAGCCACCGAUGACAACGACGACCCAGCAUACAACCUCAGCUGGGUGGCAACAAUGGUAGAGUCGGCGGCAAUGGACAAUGAUGUGAUUGAUCUGACCAUAGAUGAGACACCUGAACCCUCUGCAUGGCUCCCAAUGGAGGAAGAAGUUAUGGACUUGACUGAAGAAUAUUCCCCUGUUUAUGAUCUUGGAUGGGGAUCUAUGGCCGAUGCAACAUCUGGGCAUUGUUCACCCAUAAGGAUGGAUAUGGAUGUUCACAGUACAUCUCUGUCGAUUCAUGCGAGGGAGGCCGAGGACAACAUCUUCCAGAUGAAUUGUCUCAUGAAGGCGAUUGGCAAUGACAUGACCAAUGAACAUGUCCGUGCAAUUGUUGAAAAUGCCGUCUACGGAUUGAAUGACUCCUGCAUUCCUGAUCAAAUACUCUUCGACAACAGGCAGAUUUUUGGGAUGUUUGCCGACUUGCGAAACCGAGUCACUGAGGUGGGCCUGGACAUCUGCAAGUUGCACGGCAUGAUUCAGCUUCAGCGUCGGCUGUUAAGAACUGUUGAUAGUGUCAUAGCAUCUUUGGAAGAUAAUGAUGAUUAG